ACUCACACGUCAAUGCGUUGAAACACUCAGAUACACGCAACACUCCCAAACUCUGCCACUACAAUAGUAACAAACUACUCUAACCGCCACCAACCAAUAUCACACUACCACCAGCAACCUAGUUAGCUUUUCAGAAAUUAUUCCUACGACGACGUUAUAUACAUACAAGUCACCAAUAAUACUAGUUAUCCCACUGACCGUAUCAACAUCCACAGCAGAAAUUUCAUUUUUUGGCAACGAUUUAUAUUGACUAAGACGUCAUGUCGAAUCAAGGUAAAGGUAACAAAAGCCCAUAUCCGCUUCAGUACACUUAUGUCCCCACUGCUGGAGUACCUACAAUACCACAACCUAUGCCUACAUACAUACCAGGUUCUCCAUAUCCUACUACAUACCAGUUGGUACCAUCAUAUGGUUAUUAUUACAGAUAUGGCAUUCCUGGCCAGGAAGCUCUAGCUCAAGGACUUCCUCCUUCCUACUCACCUUCUCCAGCAUCAACGAUCCCCCAGCAGACAAUGCUCGUACAUGGUGCAUAUGAUGCUGGAGCCCGUUUUGAUGGAAUUUCUGGCCAAAUGAUACCUCCCCCUCCACCUGGUUAUGCUCCGAAUGCAACGCAAAUGGCCGCCAUGCAGGGGCAAAAUGUUAUCCUCACACAACGAAAGAACGAUUUCCUGACUGGUGGAUCUGGAGCUGGCUACACUUGGUACUAAAAUGAUGAUACUGUUCUAUGAAAGGUUGCUGAUUUUGAGGGAAUGAAUCUAGCUUACGUCGGCUUUUCUGGUCCAAACGUUACAUUUUUGAUUCACUGCUGAUCUUUCAGCUGCAGCAUCCAUUUUGUCCAAAUCCAUCCUCUUUCCCUUUAAAAUCAAUAACUCAAUGCCUUGAAUGAUUGCUAGAUACUCACAUUGUAUGCUAUACCUGCCACAUUCUAAUCUUUCAUCUUGUGGACUUUAAUCAUUUCAAAGGGGUAGCUACAGGUUUUUAACAUGGGUGGAGAUUUAUAAUCAUUUCUUAGUCUUCUUUUCGUCUUAUUUCUUUUCUUAUUCUAUCCUCUUUUUUUUCUUUUACCCUAUAUUUUACCUUUCUCUUUGUUUUCUUCUUCAUUCUCUCUCUUAUCCUCUUUUGCUUUCCUUUUUCUUAUUCUUUUCUUUCAAUUCUUUGUUGUUUUUUUUUUCUAUUUUUCCUACUUUUGUCACAUUUCCACCCUGUAACACUUUCUCCCUGAAAUAUCUUUCUACUUGGCUGCCACUGUAUUAGAAGUCAAGUAGAAGCCAGCACUUAAUUCCUUCUCCACUCCUUAUAUAAUUUAAAAAAUAAACACACACACACACACCACACCACAUUGUACACACACCACAGUACUACACACAACACACACACACACACACACUCAUUACCUGAGAUUGUAUAAACUUAACCCUUCUUGUGAGCAUGUUAACAUGAAUGAAUCUUGAUGUGUGUAUGUUUAAAAGUUCGUUUUGAUUUCAUUAGGACUAAUUCCUGCACACUGACCUUCCAUAAUAUUUCAUUUCAAAGAAUAAUACUUCGACUAUAGGCAGUGGUUGGAUUAGAAGUGUAUUUUAAUAUAUAACCAACAAUUUAGUGGAAAUUCUUGCUUUUUCAAGGCAGCACUUGGAUUUCAGGUGUUUUCAUCAGUUAAGAGGUAAAUCUGAAAUUCUUUUGACAAAGACAAACUUUUAAAUACUUUUUUACCCAGACCUCUAGAUCUGGCUACUUGUAUAGUAGACUCAGCUUGAGCAUGAAUGAAAUGGAGGUUAGUCUUCUGGACUUUCUUACCUUGUUUCUUUGAUGUCUUUAAACCGAUCCUUAUGAUCUUAGUUCUACCAGUGAAUCCAUGUUAUUUGGGUUUUUUUUUUUUUUCAUUUUUAUUUUUUGUGUUAAAUUCUUUCAUUUCAUACACACAGACACACUCGCACUCCACACACACACACACACACACACAUAUUCUCUCUUCCUCCCGCUCUCUCUCUCUCCCCCUCUCUCUCUCUCACACACAUUAAUUCUUCUAACAUUCUAAUUUUAGGAUAAUUGUAAAGUCUUUUUUUUUUCCUCUUAACAAUUAUUAGUUUAGUUACCUCAUUGAUAUUAUUUUAAUCACAGAAAAACAAAAUGUCUUAAUGGAAUAGAUAUACUAAAACACCAUUUCACUUAUAUAUAUUUAGAUAUAAUUAAAUCUUAGAUUUGUCUAGGGUUACAAAACUUCAAAAUCUUUGGGUUUUCUCUUUUAUUUAUUUUCAGAUGGGGGUUUCUUUAAUCAUUACAGUUAAAAUCCUGAUUUCGUUUAAUAUUGUCAUUUUUAUUUUCAUCUUUCUGUCAGAAAUAGGUCAUUUCAAGAAAUACCACAUUACCGCAUUGAGGAUAUUGUUUAUAAAAUUUGCUUUGCUGAAAUAGCAUUCUGUGGAAUAAAAUAGAUUCAUAAAACUUUUUACACUUACACCCCACCCCCCUCCAUUCCAAACAUAUUGCAGUAAAUUUGAAAGCUUUUAUUGAAACAGUUUUCUGUAAAUUUCUAUUGUCAGAUGACAAAGGGUUAAAUCAGGGCUUCUUCUUGGCAAUAUUUUGAAACAUAAGUUUCUUUUCAUUAAAGAAUUUCUCACUGAUACCAUCUAUCAGAUUUUUUUUUUACUCUAGUAAUACUUGCAAAACAUGAAAUUGAUAUAGUUACAAAUCUCUUUCUCAAAGAACAUUUUGUUUUUCUAACAUUGUUGCUGCUUUUUAAGCACUAAUAUAAAUAAUUUCUAUAAUUUAACAGUUUCAUUUUGUUUAAUAACCUGGUUGCAGAUGUUUCUUCUGUAUAACACCCUGAAGUUAGACCCCCUUCCCCACUUCAUGUAUUAGUCAUGAUUCUUUACAUAGUAUUUACCACUUUUGAUAUAGAAAAUAUAUUUUUUAGCUUACGGAUGUUUUCGAAACAAGAAUGAUUUAGCGUUCAUCACACUGUUGAAGAAUUGUGCUUUCAUUAGAUUCUUGUUUUUAAUUCUUCCAAUCUAGUUUUACUUUUCUUUCUCAUAAUUAUUACUAAAAGUACAUUUUAUGCAUCGUUAUGUCCAACUUUGUGAUGAUUAUAUAUGUAUUUCUGUUUUAUCCCUUUUUUUUUUUAUAACUUAAGUUUUUAAAUGUUGACCCAAUAGAAUCUUUUAUAAAUGAAUUUAAAAGAAAACGUUAAAUCUUUUUCCAUGUAAUUUUCAUUUUAAAGAAUUAUGAAAAAUAACCCCUAUCAGAAAUUACAUCUUUGAAAUAUGCAAAUAAAAUCUGAUUCUCUUUCAUGAAAAUUGUCCAAAAUUUGCUUGCUUUUAAUUAAUUCUUUUGAAUAUUUGAAUUCUGUAAAGAACUAGUAUCAAGAAAAGUGGAAGGCCCUUUAUUUUUUCUCUCCUAUUUGUUUUAGUUAUGAAGUUAUUUUUUUUUAUUAAGUAAACAGUGACUUAUAGUCAAAAAUCCGAACUGUUUUCACCUCUAUCUGUGAUCUAAUAACAGCUCCGUUACUUGUGCAGAAACCAAAUUUUUUUUUCUACUUCUUAUAUAUUUUAAUUAUCCUUCUUACAGAAUAAAAAUAUUCUAUAGAUUGUUAGAAACAAACUGCUUCAUUUACUUCAAAAAAGUAUAUCCAGAUGGGAAUGUUUCUGUUUUCUUCCCUAUAAUUGACACUUUUGAUUACAUAUAGAUCAUUAUACAAACUCUUCUGUCUGGGACCAUGCAGUGAAUUAGACACACACACACACUUUCUUUUUCUCUCUCUCCCUCUCUCUUUCUCUUUCUCUCUCACUCACACACACACACACAGUUUUAAAUGUUGUAAUUUUUUAUUCAUUAAAUAUGCAGUUCCUCAUCAGAAAGUUACAAUAAUCACUCUCUUAAUCUGCAAAGACUUCUUUAUUUUUGGUUGAAUGUUUUUUGUUUAAUUCUUAUCUCAUUUACUGAAUAUCAAGAUCAACCACAGUUAGUAAGUUUCCUUAUUCUGUAAUUCUAUAUUUUAGUUUAUCUUUCCAUGUUACAAUUUUUAUAUAUCUGGUUCCUUACAUUUGGUUUUUGAAUAUUAGACAAAAGACCCUCAUAAUUUAGAUCUUAAUUGUUGUUUUUCGAAACUUCCAAGUUAUUUAGAAUCUGGAAUCAUUAUUAUUGCUGCUUUUCAUGAAAAGUCCUUAGAUACAAUUAUAAAGUAAAGUUUUUCUUCAAAUUUUUCUCUUGAAAAAAAAAAAAAAACUUCUUUCAGAAACAAUCUCUAUCCAGCAAUUAUUUUUUUUUUAUGAUACUAGUAUUCAAAAACUAUAGAAUACUUUUAAUAACUGCUGUUAUAAGAAAAAAAUUACAAAACUGUUAUAUCAGAAGAUGAUGUAGCAAUUCUGCUCAUCAUUUGGCUGAUUUUAUUUGUAUUUGCAAGUGAGUUGCUUUUGGAUAUUACACAAGCUGUGUAUUUCUCUUCCUCUCUAAGUACUUUACUUCUAUAGGAAAAUCGAAUCAACUGUUUCUAUUUGAAAAAGUAAAGUAAAGAAAAAUAAAGAAGAAACAAAUGGAUUCAGAUGUCCUAUUAGCUGUUCUCUUUCUCUCUCUUUCAAAGAUGUAUGCACCAUAACACAUACAUCUACAUACACACACAAACAUACACAUCAUAGUUAGAAAACCUCUAACAAACCCUGCCAUAUGAAAUAACUGUGUGAACUGCCAAUUCCCUGCUGUUAAUAAUAUUAAUAUAACUGAUCGCAAAUGUCAUCAUUUAACAUUAUAUAAGAAAAGAUGAUUUUUUUUUUCCCCUCCCCUUUUUAUUUUUCUUCUUUUUAAUCUAAAUUGAAUUGGGUACUGCUCUUGAAAGCAAGACAUCCCAGAAUCGUACAUGAGUAAGUACUCUUGAAUAUGACUUUUUGGUCAUGCUUUUAACACUAAUAAAACUAUUCCACUGAAA